ACGUUUCUGAGAUGUCUCGCAAAGGCACUUGCGUACAUCCACGAAAAUGCAAUGAAACACAUGGAUGUCAAACCGAAGAACCUUCUCGUUCGGGAUUUGAGAAGCAGCACUAUCUGCAACCAAGGACAUUACAAGAUCUACAUUGCAGACUUCGGUAUCGCUCGUUCCUACCGAUCGAUAGAGGAAUGUAAUACCGAAUCUCCCAUCGCAUUUACCAGGAUCUACGCCGCGCCGGAAGUCGUUGCACAGGAACGAAGAGACCAGAAAGCUGACAUCUUCUCUCUCGGAGCCGUUUAUUGCGAGAUGCUUGCUGUCUUAGCACAAGAA